UGUACAUGAAUGGGUUUUCAAAUUUUAAUUCUGAGAAUAGUAUAACUUCAAAUACAACUGAGUAUUUGGUGAACGUAAAUAACCAAUAAUUUAUACGACUAGUUGACAACGUCAACAUGGUGACGUCAUGAAUCAUAUGUUUAUGUAAACAAAAACAAAAACGCAUUAGUUCGAACACGAAUCGCACGAAAAUUCGUUCCAAAGAAAACUGCCGGCUGCUGAAUCAAAAUUUAUCAUUUCACACCUCUGAAAUUCUUAAAAUAUUGAGUCGAAAGAUUUGGAAGUGCUGUGAAGUUGUAGGCAAGAUCUUUUCGAGUACCUUCUUCCUCUGUCACCAGUCUACUCACUUACACGUGGAACGAUGCGGCUAAGAUCAAGGACAAUAAAAAAUAGAGAUCGUUGACGAAUUCUUAACUGCGGGAACAACCAUCUCAAUUAGUACUGAUAAAAACGCCACCAGACUACCAUCCUAGAAAGCAUUAAUCUUCUGUCCAUCGUCUCUCUAAAGUAGAUGUUUUAGUUGACUCUGACUCUCCCUACAAACGCAAUUACUUUCAUCUCCGGGAGAAAAGGCCAAAAUCAAAACGAUGAGGAGUCUCUCGUCGUCAGAAGAAUGUAUAUUUAGAAAGGGAAGGCCAAAUAGACGGAACCUACGAGAUGAAAAUCGCUCUGCAUUUUCUACGAGGACCGUUUCCAGGCCUGACAAACGCCCAAAAGAAGUUGAAACUCUGUAUUUAGAAUCUCCGAAAGAUUGCCGGAGGUCAUUGAAGACCAGUAAAAAACGGAACGGGAAAUCGGAGGAGUCGAACAUCAAUCAGCGGCAAAAUCUCGAUAAGUCUGAGGAGGUGAGCCCCUCGGCGAAAAGCUCUUACGGGCCUACUUUCAUGGCAACUGAAUCCUCCGUAGAAUGUCCCCCUCCAAAUUUUUCUACUGCCUCCCAGAAAUUGUCCUCGGAAACCCUGAAGGCUUACGCGACCGCACUUGGCAUCAAGACCGAUCAAGUAGCAUGCGAAGAUAAUCGCAGUGUCGGCGGCACAAACCCUCAAAAACUGUCCGCAGAGACUAUGCUGGCUUAUCAAACCGCAUUGGGAAUGAAAGCCGAUCAAACAAAUGAGGGUGGUCAGAAUCUAUUCGAAACGAGUACUCCGAAACUAUCCACUAAGGCUUUUCGUGCUUAUUCUAAAACGCCUGACAUAUGCGCCGAUCUGGAAGAUGAAAAAUAUCACGACAUAGGGUACAGACUUGUUCAAACAAACGACGAGUGUAAAAUAGGAAACCAAAUGGAAAGUCGAGGUUUGAAAAUUUUCGGCGUCUCCGAUCGGAAAUGGUCGACGGAUUGUUUCGAUCACUGCAGAGAUCACGGGACCGCCGUCGAGAAAAUCGGCGGUAAAUUGGUGGCAACACCGAGUUCCAGUGAUCUAGAGGAUACUUUGAGAGGUUUGAAUCUAGAUGAAAUGAACGAAGAGCAGCUGAGGAAGCUCUAUGAUUACGAAACGUCUUCUAGCCGGAAUUUCAGUAGUUGCGGAGUUGAAAGUGCUCAUACGUGUGAAAUUGGAAGAAAAUUCAAAGCCAAGCCCGGCUCAAACCCAGCUCGUAAACCAAUUAGUAGCUGGCACGGUUCAGUAGAUCAUGGAUCUAAUAGGCAUCGGAGCCCUUGUACAGUAACGGUGAAAAGCAAUAUUAACUCUGACUUUGGUCGGAGUAUUUCGGGGGUAGGUGCCCAUCCGAGAACCACUCCGAAGAGUUGUGGGCGCGAAGUGAAAGAUUAUGGAGACCAUAUAUCGCGCCAACCGAAAAUUGAAUCUAGGAGUUUUGAUAGAGGUCGGGAACGAUUCGCUCCAGAAGUAAAACGCUUCGGAGCGUGCGAUCAAGAAACAAUAAGACCAGUAGUUCAAGUUUAUGAACGCUUUGGUCCGAGCAAAGCAAACGGCAUGCAGGCACGGUGGGAGGUAGAUUCUAGUUGCCCGAGUAGUACGUGGAAGAGACUACCCCCAGAAACCGCCUGUCAUCAACGUUGUCCUCAAAGUAUGAUUGGAUCGGAAGUAAAAAGUUUGGGAAGUAUCAAUCGUGCAGGAUUUGAGCCGGUGCCAAGCUGUCAUCGGUCAAAUCGAAAAAGACCAGAAUUAGGAAUGGUCGUGAAUCGCUGUGAUCAAAGAUCUUUCGAAACAGGGAAUCCUAAAUUACUUCAGACGCGUCCUGAUUCAGCAGUUACAAAACAUACCAAUUUCAACCAAAAACUAUUUAGUCCUGAGAUGGUGUCAAGGUACGUUGAUGAAAAAAUCUUGCCGAAGCGGUGCGAUCAAGAAAGGUUCCACCCGGAAAAAUUGUCAAAGAAUUUUGAUCAAAAAUUUUCGGAUCCGAAAAUGAGGCCUCGUCAUUCUAAUUGCGACCAGUUCACUACAAAAAUUACCGAACCUAAACAUCUUAGUGGAAAACAGUUGGAAGCGCCAAAUAAUGGCUCAAAACAUGAGUAUCGCAGACUAUCAGAAUUGAACUUGUCUUGUCACCCGAGGCUAACUCCACUGGGAUUAGAGAGUUCGCAACGUUUGAGCCUCACAAGUCCUCUCGACAACAAGGCUAGUAUGCAGUUCUGCCAGAUGCUGGCAAAAUCCUUACCAGAUGCCAAAAUCAUCCCGUUUAACAAACUCUCCGAAAUUUUACCAGAAGCCGAGCUCGCCAAGGUCAACGAGAAAAUCAAUAGCAACAUCAAUGCCAAGCAAGUGUCACCCUGUCUUUUUGAUGAUACACAGCUCCAAAUCGACCGCAUCAAACAGCAAGUCCUGCGGAAAGCAAAAGAAUGUCUUCCAAAUGCAACAUUCUCCAAAAUAAACCAAUUUCUAUUGAGCAGCAAGAGCGAGUCCGAACCAGAAUUAAUACGUACGUCAAUGUCACCCAGUGAGAGUAAGGAUGCUAUAUCUUCUAGCAAUGAGCUCCAGACGUCAGGUCGGGCGUCGUCUUUUUACCAAAGCGAAGCUUCACCAUCUCGAACGAGUCCGAAGCAGAGUCGAAAGCUUAAGAAGUGCAGUUCGUAUUACAACUACAUGUAUCCUGUUGGAAACCAGAGACGCCGCAGCGGAAAAACGACAAAACGCACCAGCGAGAUCAAACCCAAAGCCCAGACGAAGGAGGAAAGUAAAACAUCUGCGGAGAGACGACCCACAAAUUCAAAAGCCAAGCGACAAACGGCACGCUCCUCAUCUAGUGAAGAUACUUCAAAGGGAUAACUCAUGUUCCCCAAAUCUGUGCCCCUUCCUCCUCAAAUCAUGUGAAUUAUAAUUUUAAUACCGCCCGCCAUCUAGUGCUGUCUUCAAAAUAUGUUUGUCCAUCAACUGCUGAGGAACGUUGCAAGAUCUCGGACCACGUGGAAAAUCAAAUCUCGCAAAAUUUUCGUAGAACAACGAUAUUAAGAAGUGACGCUUCUCAUUUUGAUGUUACACAAUGCAACCAUAUUAUAAAUAUUAUUCGAGCUUUUCGAUCAAGUGAUAGAGACUUUAACGAGAUUACAGCGGGGGAAUGUUUGAUGAGUGACUUUAUAAGUGGCCAUGAUUUUAUCGCAGGACAAGAUUUGAUGUUGAUCUGCUUAACUUUGAACAAUGAGGCAAGUUUUGUUGGAAAUACUUACUUUAUGAGUAAUGGAAAUUCUAAUUCUAGCACGACAAGAAGAAGGCGUAAUGAUUGUAAACCAAUUACGAUGCCUGUUCAAAUUUUUAUAAUCGAAUGCAAUCGUUAUUGUAAUAAUGAAAAAACACGCUAUCGUGAACCAGAUUCUAUGUCAGCUUUGGAUGUAAUUCUUUUAAAUUCCGAAUUAGAAAUUAAUACUUUUUCUGAGUCUCCGAUCAUUAUUGAACUUUCAUACUUCCUGAAUUUGGAGAUAGACCAAACCGAAGUGCCUUUGUUGGCCGAACACUUAUUAAAACUUGAAAACUGCGUUCUUUUUCUCAAUGCCAGAUUUAAGUCAAACCCUUCGACGGUGUUUGAUGUAGAAGAACCUUUUUUGUUUUCCGACCAGCCAAUGGAUAAAUACAAUGCUGCACAUUCAUCCACCCACCCCCGGAAACCAACGGUCACCCUGCAAUUUUAUUUUCGUCCUGAAUUAAAAAAAACUAAGAUAUUGCCAUUUUUAAGCGUGAUAAGCGUUAGAAAUAAAACCGACGGGUGGAAAAUGUUAUUUUGUCAAAGUAAAAAAGUCGCUUUAACUGACCCUGUUGCAGGGCAUCAUUUUUUGGUCCCGACUUUUAUCAUACAAACGCAAGAGCCAAGCCUUUUCUUUUGCUUUGCAACUUUGGAUGUUGAUUUCAAGAACGAGUAUUUGCCAAAUGGUGUGAGGUUAAUUUGCUUGAAAAUGCACGCGUUUUGCGCAUCGGCUCAAGACUUGAACCCAUUUAGCUCAUUCCUGCCCACGACGUUAUAUAAAUGGACAACGGGCUCUACUGACCUGCCAAUCAAUCUGUCCCUGUGGUUUUUAUCCUCUGAGAUCUCUCGGGUCUUAAGAUCCCUCAUCAGAGCGUCCAACCCAACUUAUCUUGAACUGAAAGGAUUUUUACAUCACGAAUUUUCUCCAAGCUCAAUUAUUCUGCCCACCGCAAGUAGCGCGCCACAGUACAAAGCACAGGAAAGAGAUAACACAAUCUUACCCGCAUUCUCUGCAUGUGUAUUUCCAGAUCUAUCAAUAGCUGAAAACUGCUUCAACAACAAACAGCUCGCUAAAUUACCAAUGUGUAAUUCAUCAACUUUAUGCCCAAUGCCAAUUAAGCACUUCUCAAAAAGCUCGAAACACACGUCUCAAUCAGAAUCAGUCGAAAACAUACGGAAAUCCUUUUUCACCUCACGUGACGAACAGUACGAGCAGUCUCUACUUUUAACUUCCAAGUCUUUGCAUCAUCUCUCAGUGCGCCUUCUGAUCAUAAACUGUCACUAAGAUUCGAACUGUUCGGACUGCUUAAGAAUCUGCCGAUAACGUACUCAAUUCGGCCAUAUCUUCUUAACAUUCCCUCUGAAGAUUCGGAGUUAAUACUGUUAACUGUUGAACUGUAUACAGGUCAGCUCUUCUUUACUUUCUUUCCAAACUCGAGCGAUUUGCGCAAUUUACAUUUCGUUGGUCUUCAAAAUGUUACCGACCCAGUCUUAUUUCAAGUAAUAUAUUUUUAUAUUUCGGUUCAUUGUGAAAUGUUCGAUUUUCAAGGCUCAAUGCAGGUUCAAACACUGAAUUACCAAACUUUUUCUCUUCAAAAUCCCCGCGAAGAGCGCCCAGCAAGGUCAAAAGUUUCAUCACAGUCCUGUAUGUCUAUAUUACAAUUAGAAAUUGCAUCAACUUUCGCAUGCAAAUCAGAAGAUCAUCUUGUCCACACAUCAAUGCCUUGUAACUCAGACUCUGCUAACGUCUUCCGUAUAGUUUUCGUUUCCAUCCCCCCGAGAUACCAUCUCCCUAAAUCGCCGAAGGUUAUUCCUGACCACAGCCCAUUCGGUUUCGAAGACAGACGUGAAAUUUCCCUCACCAAAUACGCGCAAACUGCAAAAGAUCCUGUCUCCGAACACAAAGUCUAAGUUCCACCAUGUUUUCGUGUAAAUAUCGAACCGGAAAUGGGCUUAUUUGAUUUCUUUCGAAAAAGGUACGUCAGCUUUUCUGAGUGCAUGCAUGAUGAAUAUUUUCAUCUCCUGGGCUUUCUCAGCAAGUGGUUCUUUGAAUAUCAUUCUCAACGAGGAAUCAGAGAGACUCCUUCCUCCUCCAGAAAAUCGCGAAGCAACCCACAACUAGUAAAAACGACCACGCAAACUGAUUUUCGACAGAUCGAUAGUAUGACGCAAACCGAUCUGUCUUUUGAGUCCCCGGAGCUUGUACAAAUUCUACCCUGGAGCGAUGAUUUUCACCUGAGCCUGUGAAAUUUUAACAACUAUUCCGUUCUAUUUUUUUAAAAAAAAAAAAAACAUUUAUCAGACGUCCAUUGUUUUAUGUACUAUAUUCGUAAUCAUAUUUUUACUUGUGCCUUUCCUAUCGUUAAACUAAUAUACCCCAUACCUAUCCUCUUCAA